AUGGCCGGAACUGAAGAUGAUGAUCGUAACCACCGCCGGGGUUCUGGCCGAUCGGUGGACUCCGCCGCAGAUAACGGUGGAUGUGUCCCUGGAAAACGCGGGAACGAGGAUUCUUCGUCUCCUGUUGAAGUCUCAUGCUCGAUUUGCCUGGAAUUGGUGGUCGACGACGGUACCAGAUCCAGGGCGAAGCUCCAAUGUGGUCACGAAUUCCAUUUGGGUAUUUCAAUCAAACUUUCCUUGCUUCGUUUCUUCUGGGUUUGUUGGAAUCUUUGGGGAUUUUGCAUUUCUUCCGUCAGGAUCGCUAAUCUGCCUUCGUUUGAUCCAGUUUCUGGUCUCGGAUCCAAUUCAAAGCCAUAA